AGUGCGUAAUGCGGAGGCUCUCUGACCCGCGGAUUUAUCUGCUCCUUUCCCAUCACUUGAUUUACAAAGCUGUAUGUUUCCAGGUGUCUUAAAGCAUCGUUACUCCUGAUACCUGACACAAAAACCUAAUUUGACAUCAGGACUGUUCGACUCUCCCAUCAGCUGCCAGGUGUAACUGAGACCUCAAGCCACGUUCCUCGGACCCAGCCCAGCGUCGCCAAUCGGCUUCCCUCUUGGAGAGAGUGGACCAAUCAGCGACAGUCUUUGAUGAAUAUUCAUGAGUCCGAGAUUCAAACCUUUGAGCGAGUUUGUCUUGGUCCACAGCAUCAUACCUAGGACUUUUCACAGGCACAAACUACAUUUUCUUAUGAAUGGAAAGAGAAAAAAUCAGUUCGGCUUAAAUUGGGACCCAUCCUUCACUGAGACCAUAGAAGGAAAACAACAAAAGCGAUACAAGGGGAGCCGCCAGAAGAGAUGACAAUGACUACAAUUCCAGAAAGUCUCAGCCCUGCCUCAGGAAAAACCGUUUUCAUGGAGUUUGGACCCCCGAGUCAACAAAUGUCGCCUUCCUCCAUGUCUCACGGACACUAUCCGAUGCACUGUUUACAUUCUGCAGGUCAUACCCAGCACGACAGCUACAGUCCAGCCUCGUCCUUCCCCAGAUCUUUGGGUUAUCCAUACGUAAACUCCGUCGGCAGCCAUUCCACCAGUCCAUAUCUCAGCACAGUACAGACCUACCAAAACAGCUCGGCGCUCACACAGACGCGGUUAGAGGAGACAGCGCCAGAAACGGAGAAAAACACGGUGGUGGAGGGCGGAGAGGUUCGAUUCAACGGGAAAGGAAAAAAGAUCAGAAAACCAAGGACUAUCUAUUCCAGUUUACAGCUUCAAUCUCUGAACAGAAGAUUUCAACAAACUCAGUAUUUGGCGUUACCGGAGAGAGCAGAGCUGGCAGCGACGAUGGGUCUCACUCAGACACAGGUGAAGAUUUGGUUUCAAAAUAAACGCUCUAAAUUUAAGAAACUGAUGAAGCAGGGCGGGGGUACCAUCGACCCCAGCGCGCUGUUGGCCACCGGCCGUGGACUGUCCACCGGCUCUCCCACGGUGGCGCCGGUGUGGAGCUCACCGACCACCGUGAAGACUUCGGUGGGAACAACCGGAUACAUUCCCAGCUACACCUCAUGGUAUCCAACCACACACCAAGAGUCUAUGCAACAGUCACAGCUCAUGUGAACGGUCAGCCCUCCACUCUGCCAUGUCUCGUGGAUCAGGAUGAGGAAGGGGCUUCAGCGCGGCCUAGCACUGGUUACACAAACAACAACAACAACAACAACCCCGGAGUUUGCUGCCGCCAGCUGACACACAGGCCUCCUCAUACCGGAUGAGAGGAAGAGCUGAGAGACUGCAAAGACACGCAAUGCGCCCGAGGGCAACACGUCUGUGACAGUCACCGGAAAUCGUGGACAGAUUGAUCCUUUUUUUUUUGGCUGCUGUUUAUCCCUUUUGUGUCUGUUUUUACCCUUUGAAAAAAAAAUUACUUUUUUGUGUGAGUUAACGAGAAAACAGGUGUUUGUUUCAACCAGAUGUUGGGCCCAAAGUGAUGAUGGGAAUGAAUUUAUAAACAGCUAAAGGUCUAUUAGGCCAAAGCAGCUCUUCUUUAACCAAAUAAUGAUAAUUCAUUUUUCCACCAUUACCGUUUUGCUUAUAGGCUAUACAGCACACAGGGCAUAUUGUGCAAAGCCUUAAAUCGCUACUUUGUUGUUUAUAUGUGUUUGUUAUUUAAGUUAAAUUAUUCAGACAGGUUUUGAGGUCUGUUGAGGUCAGUCUGUGUUCAUUUUGUAAGUGUGUUUUGAAAUGACAACAGUGUGUUGUUAAUGCUGCACUAACAGCAAAGCUUUUCUAUGCCGUGCCCCGAUGUUAUGUGAAAAAUGUAAAAGGCCUGACAAUGUGCUGCUUUAGAAAAAAAAUAUCUUGAAGGUGAGCAGCUCAUUUGUCCCUGUAUUUUGUACAUUUAUUAUUUUCAGAUUUGUUUUCGUGCUGUACUGGAUACGCUGUGAAACAGGGUUUUAGGCUUUCUGUAUUCGUGUUUAGUCAACAUAGACAAAUAUUUAGUUUUGUAUUGAUCACUUUAAUUUAUUUCUUUUUUUCUGAAGUUUAUGUACACACUGUGCAAAGUUUUAAAAAGCAGUAAAAUAAUGAU